GUAUUCCGCGCGCAGUUACUUUGCACCACGAUAAUACGAGUGAUGAAUUGUUGGUCAGAAAAAAUCGCAGUUGUGACCGGUGCGAGCCAAGGAAUUGGUCUCGCGAUAUCGAAAGAAUUGGCUAGGUAUAAAAUUAAAGUGAUUGGUUUAGCAAGAGGAAUGGUUAAGCUCAUGGAAGUUGCCGCAACUAUUGGACAGUAUUUUGUUCCGUUGGAGUGUGAUAUAAUGGAAGAAGAUGAAAUACUUAGUACGUUCAAAUUGAUCGAGGAAAACUUUGGUGGCGUUGAUAUUCUAGUGAAUAAUGCUGCCACCUGCAGUCUUGCACAUAUCAUGGAGUCAGAAGAGGAUGAAAUUGAGGAUAUCGUUAAAACCAACUUGAUAGCUCCAGCAAUUCUUGCACGAAAAGCACUAAAUUCUAUGAGAAAACGCGGCACUAGGGGUCAUAUAAUUAAUAUCUCUGGCACACCCGGAUUAUAUUUUGAAGCUGAGAACAUACCGAUGGGCAUGUAUGGUCCUACUAAAUACGGUCUAAGAGUUCUAGGGACUGUAUUACGUCACGAAAUAGCGAUAUCCAAACUGAAUGUCAAAGUAACGACCAUUAACCCUGGACUUGUUCGGUCGACGAUGUUCACAGAGCUUUAUAAUUUCUUGAAAAUCCCCCUAAAUGAUAUAUUAAAAGAUACAGACAUCGCCGAAACAGUCAUUUGCGUGCUAGCAACACCGGACACGGUAGAGAUUUCGGAAAUCACGGUGUUACCACAAGGCAUGGGAUCUAGUGUUGUUACACUACCGGCUGACUGAAUCACAGGAUGUCAUUGCUUAGAUGUCACUACCCGCUAAUUUUAAUGAAUCUUGCAGCUGAUCACAUCAUUACAUCAUUGUACGAUGGCAAUAAAAUCCGUGUGUUACUUCUAUCUUGCAAGUAUCGGUUUAAAUCGAGGGAUAUCUCGUUAGUUUCGAUAUCGUUUUAAUGUUCCGCAUUUAUAAUAAAUCAUAAAGAAACGUAAGAACAUUGUUUGACUUCAUCAAACAGAUUCUUUCGGUUCAACGCAACAUGGAAGAUCGGGAUGUUUCUUUUAAGAAAUAAAACUUUGGAUGUUUCGUUAAAUUAAUUAUUUUAUUUAAUAAGCGAGAAGCCCUCGAAUAAGAGCUUUUUAUUUUUCGUUAAACGAUUUAUUAAAUAAUAUAUAUUAAAUAAUACAUGGAAGCUAAUGUUUAGUCCAAAAUUUUGUUAGAAUUUUUAAUUAAAUUUUCUCAACUUAAUUCCCAGUA